AUGGAGAAGCAAUAUUUUGGGAUUUUUCUGCAUUUAAUGGGGCUCUCAGGAAUAUUUGUCAGCAUUUCAGCCAAUGAGAGUGCUCCAAAAUCCCUUUUGAGUGACCGGAGUCGUCGACAGGCCGGAAUUCCGGCCUGUCGACGACUCUGCUUCGGCAGUGGGCGCCUAACUGAGCGCUUAGUAAGCGAUCACUGCUGUGCAUGUUCCAGAGACAUCAAUGUGUUGGAAGCAAUCAUUUUGCUCCUCAUUCAACCACUUCUCUCAGGAAACUAUCUGAAUGAAGGUCAAUUGGAGCAGGUAGUACAAACUGAGCAGCUGCAUGAAAAUUACCAUUUGGGGAAGUCUGCAGGCAUCAAAAGAGUCACUUUGAAGCUGAAAAGAAAUGCACUGACAUGCACAGAGGCACAUUUGAUGGGCAAGACACAGCCGCUAUAUAUACUCUAUGACAUCAUACCUAUCCUAGAGAAUAUUUUGGGGAUUUUCCGCAUUUUAUCGAGGUCACACUGCAGGAGAUACAGUGCCACCAAUGAGCCUGUGGCUGAGAUUCAAACUCAGCCCAUAACCUCGGCAGCCUGCCUGAUUAGGGCAGAAAGGGGCUUGGUGCACCAAUCAGAGUGGCCCGGCAUCCCUCUCGUGCCGUUCGGAGGUGCAACCAUGCCAAAUUUCCGCACAGAUGCACCUCCGAACGGCAUCUGGGCGCUUAUCAGGCGCUUAACCCAGGAAAAAGUGGAAAAAUGA